AGACAGAGACACACCAGAUCAGUUUGAGCCAGACUUGGGUUUCUUCUCUUCCCGCACCUUCUUGAAGCAACGAUGCUAAAGAACCAAACUUUGCUCUGUUUUCGCAAAACCCAAUGUGGUGGUCAUCCUCCUUACGCAGAAUCUCAAAUAUGAAAUGUCUCUUCAUCUCAUCCCAACAAUCACUAUCACUAUCACCCAAACUCAUUUCUAACACUUACCACACUCCUUCUCUUCCUCUCUCCUCCUCGACCUUUCUCAAACCAAUCCGGAGCCCGCCAAUUGGUUCGUUUUGCUUGAAGCGCAGAAGCUAUUUCGUACGGGCACUACACACCAUGCAAAACCCAGAAACUAUUUCGUACCUGACGCAGAGCCAAGCUGCUGAGAUCGAUGAGAUUCUCAUGGGUCCUCUGGGAUUCAGUGUGGACCAGUUAAUGGAAUUGGCUGGUUUGAGCGUGGCCACUUCAAUAGCAGAGGUCUAUAAACCAAGCGAGUAUAAUCGUGUCCUGGCAAUAUGUGGCCCUGGUAACAAUGGCGGUGAUGGUCUCGUGGCUGCUCGCCACCUACAUCACUUUGGAUAUAAGCUGUUUGUUUGUUAUCCAAAGCGUACUGCUAAGCCUCUUUAUACCGGGCUGGUCACUCAACUGGAAUCACUGUCUGUCCCUUUCAUAUCUGUGGAUGAUCUGCCUUUAGACUUGUCAAAGGACUUUGACAUUGUUGUAGAUGCAAUAUUUGGGUUUUCAUUCCAUGGUGCUCCAAGGCCCCCUUUUGAUAAUCUGAUCCAAAAGUUUCUUUGUAUCAAUAAAUAUGAUCAGACACGCCAAAAGUCCUCUGUUGUUGUCUCCAUAGAUAUCCCAUCCGGGUGGCAGGUUGAAGGAGAUGGUGGUCCAGAAGGCAUUAAGCCCGACAUGUUGGUUUCUCUGACUGCUCCGAAGUUGUGUGCGAAGAACUUUUGUGGUUCACACCAUUUCCUGGGUGGUCGCUUUGUCCCACCGUCUAUUGCUGAUAAAUUUAAGCUUUGUCUCCCCCCAUAUCCAGAAACUUCUAUGUGUGUACGAAUUGGAAAGCCUCCUCAAGUUGAAAUUUCUUCUCUAAGAGAGAACUAUAUUUCUCCUGAGUUUCUUAAGGAACAGGUGGAUGCUGACCCCUUUGAUCAGUUCCGCAAAUGGUUUGAUGAUGUAGUGGCUGCUGGGUUGAGGGAACCAAAUGCGAUGGCCUUAUCAACUGCUCGCAAGAAUGGAAGACCCUCAUCGAGAAUGGUAUUGCUGAAAGGAUUUGAUAAGAAUGGUUUUGUCUGGUAUACCAAUUAUGAAAGUCAAAAGGCACAGGAAUUGUUUGAAAAUCCUCAUGCGUCUCUUCUUUUCUAUUGGGAUGGUCUGAAUCGGCAGGUGAGAGUGGAAGGAUCUGUGCAGAAAGUUUCUGAGGAGGAAUCUGACCAGUACUUCCAUAGCCGCCCUCGCGGAAGUCAGAUUGGAGCAAUAGUUAGCAAGCAGAGCACAAUAGUUCCUGGAAGGCAUGUUCUCUAUGACCAAUAUAAAGAACUAGAGGAAAAAUUUUCAGAUGGUUUUGUUUCUGUCUGCAGAAGUAUAAUUCCUAAACCUAAGAACUGGGGAGGAUACAGGCUUAAGCCAGAGAUGUUUGAAUUUUGGCAAGGUCAAAAAUCUCGCUUACAUGACAGGCUGCGAUAUUCUCCCCGGGAGAUCAAUGGACAACGAGUGUGGAUUAUUGAGCGGUUGGCUCCUUGAAUAAGUUCAGCAUGAAGUUCAUCCCUCAGGUUAUUAUGUAAUUCUUACUCAUAGUUACUGGUCCUAUGAAUUUAUGUAUUUUUCUCUUUGGCAUGCAUGUGUAAUGUUAUGGUACGUAAAGUCAUGAUUAUGUCCUUUAUGCAAUGGGUUCUGAAAGUACAGUAUUAGUGACAUCAAACACUUUGAAUAUAUUAAACACAAUUGUGAUAGAGAGAUUUACCAGAACGCAGAUGAUAUGCUGCCACUUAUAUUGCCCAAUCAUCCUCAUUGCUCAACUUUUGUUGCAAGUUUAGUGUACUACAUUGCUAGAGCAUGGAUUAUU